UUGGAGUGACCAUAGGGACACAUAUCGCUGUGUUCUAAUUGAGAGAGACUUAUAGGGAGUUGCCUCAACGACAAGUAGAGUGUGUGUGUUUUUGGGUCCAUAAAUCUUGUUGCAAUUUGCAGACACAGGUUUAGCGAGAUGAAGAUGUGGGGGAAGCUCAGGGCAUCCAAACCAAGCUCCUUGUUUAAUCAAGAGAAGAGAAACACAACCACACGCCCUACCCUCAAUGUAAAUGAGGAGUUCUCCAAAGCUCUUCGCACUCACUCCUACACCGACUUCUUCAACAAAGCCGACCUCCACCUCCACCUCCACCACCAACAAAUCCAGGCCUCGUCUCCACCACCAAUGAAACAACCUCCCCCCUAUCCUCCACUACCAACACCUCAGCCACCACCAUCUUACACCCAUCUCCUCCUAGAACCAAGCCAAGAUACCAUAACCACCAUGCUAAACCACAAAUGCUUUGCCAAAAAACCGCGCCUUUGCGAAUUAGUUGCGUCGUACUUCACAACUAGCGCCGAGGCCUCUGACACAUGUGUUGUGCUUCUCCAAAGCCUUGCCCAAGCUCGCUUGGACUGCCGCCUCCUACUCCAUGCCCUACAUCUCCCGGCCGAACAAUCCAUUCCUGUGCUAGAUGCACUUGAGCUUUUCAUACAUCUGCCCAACCCCUUUGACACCAUUCGUGACCGCCUCUCCGCCAUACACCACCACCAAGCAACCGUACACAACAUUUUACGUAGAGCACGCAGAAAACUAGCCCGCCGUGCCAGGCUCCUGGCAGCUGGCAAGCAGGUAGCAGGGUGGUGCGCAAUGUUGGCCUCGGGCGCACUGGCAGCCCUUGCACUCGCACUCGCGGUGCAUUGCUUUGUUGGUGUCGUGGCCGGGCCUCUAUUACUGAGUGGUGUGCCUCUACUUCCAAAAAAAAAGAGCAGGGCAAAGGAUAUGGGCCUGUCUGGACAAUUGGACACGGCGACUAAGGGUGCGUAUAUUUUGAACGCAGAUUUCGACACUGUAGAGCGCCUCGUGGCGAGACUGAUAGAUGAAAUUGAGCAUGAGAAGGGGUUGAUUGCGUUCUGUUUGGAUAGGAGGGAGGAGAGGUGGGCUUUGAUUGAGGUGGUGAAGCAGCUGAGGAAAAGUGAGUGGGGUUUCAGGCAGCAAGCUGAGGAGUUGAUGGAGCACUUGUGCCUCUGCUUGCUCACCAUUAACAGGGCGAGGAUGCUGGUUUUCAGAGAGAUUUCGGCUCACCUGGCUUCACAUAGAGGGUGAUAGUGCAUCGCCAUUGAUUCUUUCAAGUAUUCAUUGAGUUUGUCGCUCGACAAGGUUUAGUGUUUUCAGGGAAGAACACUUGUGAAUAGCUAUUACUUUUACCCUAAACAUAUUUAAGUUUGCAAUAUGUAAAUAUAUAGAUAAUUAUACACUUGAGAGUUUAUUUGUUGAUUAUAGAUAUGGGUAUAAUGUAAUGUGCUGAGGUGCAUUGA